CGCAGCGCGCGGGUGUACGCGCCGGCGCCAUGUGUCUCCAGCAGCGGCCAACUUCAGGGAUACGCGGGCAUCCGAGGCCAUCCGAGGCCGCCGGUGGCUCCAGGCGGCGCACGCUCCCGACUGAAGCCGGAUGAGGUCCGGCCGGAGGGCGGGCAGCGGUGGGGCGCCGGCCGAACCUCCGAGGGAAUGGGGUCGCGCGGCUGCCGAGCGUGGCGUGGGCGGAACGCCUGUCCCCUCUCGCGGGGGUGUCCGGUCCCUGGCUGUCGCGGGAGGCCCUUGCGGAACCCGCUCGGCCUGCGCUGCGGAGUGCAAGCGGAGCGGCGGCCUCCACGCCGGGAGGACUGCGGGGAGAGGCCGCUCUGGGCGCAGACGCUGAACACCGCGGCCUGCGGGCGGCACUGGGGAGCCGCUCCCUGAGGCUCCUGGCUCUGUGGUCCUGGGAGCCGGGCGCUGGCUGAACCUCGGCCUCUUAAGGAUGCUGGAGCAGCAGACGGCCUUAGGGCGGACCAGCAGGCUCUGCUCUGGGUCCCCGUCCCAGCACAGGACACGUGGCGUCUGCCCUUCCCCACUACUCCAGCGGCUGGAGUGCCCAGGUGCCAGCGGAGAGCGCCAGGAGGUGGCCCGGUCCGUGUCGGCGGGGCUGAUCUGGGAUCCGCGGCAGUAAGUAAGCUCCGGAGGCCUGUGGCCGCUCAUUUCCGCGAGCCCAUCCCAUCUCCUGGGUCAGGCGGUGGAGGCCCAGGAGGGCUCAUUGGCUUCAAGCUCACGACACGGGUUUUGGCCAGCGGUGGUCUCGUAUCUGGACUCCUGCAGCCGCGGCUCUGUGGUGCAGCCGACCUGCCGCCGUUUCCCCGGGACCCUGCUGGAGGAAUAUUGGGGCAACCCCGCCUAGGGGGCUCCCGCUGGCAGGAUGGACGAGGAGGGCCCCGAGUGCGGCAAACCCGACUUUGUGCUUUUGGACCAAGUGACCAUGGAGGACUUCAUGGAGAACCUAAAACUCAGGUUCGAGAAGGGCCGCAUCUACACCUACAUCGGCGAGGUGCUGGUGUCAGUGAACCCCUACCAGGAGCUGCCCCUAUACGGGCCUGAGGCCAUCGCCAAGUACCAAGGCCGCGAGCUCUAUGAGCGGCCGCCACACCUCUACGCCGUGGCCAACGCCGCCUACAGGGCGAUGAAGCGCCGCUCCAGGGACACCUGCAUUGUCAUCUCAGGGGAGAGCGGGGCAGGGAAGACAGAGGCCAGCAAGCACAUCAUGCAGUACAUUGCGGCCGUGACCAACCCCAGCCAAAGGGCUGAGGUGGACAGGGUCAAGGACGUGCUGCUCAAGUCCACGUGCGUGCUGGAGGCCUUUGGCAACGCGCGCACCAACCGCAACCACAACUCCAGCCGCUUUGGCAAGUACAUGGACAUCAACUUCGAUUUUAAAGGGGACCCCAUCGGGGGGCACAUCCACAGCUAUCUGCUGGAGAAGUCUCGAGUCCUUAAGCAGCACGUGGGUGAACGGAACUUCCACGCCUUCUACCAGGUGCUUCGGGGCUGUGAGGACGCAGAGCUGCGGAACCUGCACCUGCAGAGGAACCCCGCGGUGUACAACUUCACCCGGCAGGGCGCGGGGCUCAGCGCCUUGGAGAGCGACGAGAGGAGCCACUACCUGGCCGUGGUGGAGGCCAUGCGGGUGAUCGGCUUCAGUGCGGAGGAAGUGCGAUCCGUGCACCGGAUCCUGGCGGCCGUACUGCACCUGGGUAACAUCGAGUUCGUGGAGACGGAGGAGGCCGGGCUGGAGCAGGGGCACCUGGAGGUGGCUGAGGAGCGGCUGGUAGACCACGUGGCUGAGCUGACGGCCACGCCCCGGGAGUUGGUGCUGCGCUGCCUGCUCUCUCGCACGGUGGCCUCGGGAGGCAGGGAGCUCAUUGAGAAGGGCCACACUGCAGCUGAGGCCAGCUACGCCCGGGAUGCCUGUGCCAAGGCAGUGUACCAGCGGCUGUUUGAAUGGGUGGUGAGCCGGAUCAACAGUGUCAUGGAAACCCGGGACCGGGACCCCCGGCGAGACGGCAAGGACACUGUCAUUGGUGUGCUGGACAUCUACGGUUUCGAGGUGUUCCCUGUCAACAGCUUUGAGCAGCUGUGCAUCAACUACUGCAAUGAGAAGCUGCAGCAGCUCUUCAUCCAGCUCAUCCUGAAGCAGGAGCAGGAGGAGUACCAGCGUGAGGGCAUCACCUGGCAGAGCGUGGACUACUUCAACAACGCCACCAUCGUGGAGCUGGUGGAGCGGCCCCACCGGGGCGUGCUGGCUGUGCUGGACGAGGCCUGCAGCGCCGCGGGCACCAUCACCGACCGCAUCUUCCUGCAGAGCCUGGACACGCACCACCGCCACCACCCCCACUACACCAGCCGCCAGCUGUGCCCCACAGACAAGACCAUGGAGUUCGGCCGAGACUUCCGGAUCAAGCACUAUGCGGGGGACGUCACGUACUCAGUGGAGGGCUUCAUCGACAAGAACAGAGACCACCUCUUCCAAGACUUCAAGCGGCUGAUGUACAACAGCUCGGACCCCACCCUGCGGGCUAUGUGGCCGGAUGGGCAGCAGGACAUCACAGAGGUGACCAAGCGCCCCCUGACCGCAGGCACGCUCUUCAAGAACUCCAUGGUGUCUCUGGUGGAAAACCUGGCCUCCAAGGAGCCCUUCUAUGUCCGCUGCAUCAAGCCCAAUGAGGACAAGGUGGCUGCCAGGCUGGACGAGGACCACUGUCGCCAUCAGGUCGCGUACCUGGGGCUGCUGGAGAAUGUGCGGGUCCGGAGGGCGGGCUUCGCUUCCCGCCAGCCCUACCCCCGAUUCCUGCUCAGGUACAAGAUGACCUGUGAGUACACAUGGCCCAAUCACCUGCUGGGCUCUGACAAGGCAGCCGUGAGUGCCCUCCUGGAGCAGCACGGGCUGCAAGGGGACGUGGCCUUUGGCCACACCAAGCUCUUCAUCCGCUCGCCUCAGACUUUGGUCACGCUGGAGCAGAGCCGUGCACGCCUUAUCCCCAUCAUCGUGCUGCUGCUGCAGAAGGCCUGGCGUGGCACGCUGGCCAGGCAGCGUUGUCGGCGACUGCGGGCCGUCUACACGAUCAUGCGCUGGUUCCGGAGGCACAAGGUGCGCGCUCACCUGGCAGAGCUGCAGCGGCGGUUCCAGGCGGCGAGGCAGCCCCCGCUCUAUGGCCGGGACCUCAUCUGGCCGCCGCCCCCCGCGGUGCUGCAGCCGUUCCAGGACACCUGCCAGGCCCUGUUCUGCAGGUGGCGGGCCCGGCAGUUGGUGAAGAACAUCCCACCCUCAGACAUGGCCCAGAUCAAGGCCAAGGUGGCGGCCAUGACGGUCCUACAGGAGCUACGGCAGGACUGGGGCUGCCGUCGGGCCUGGGUCAGGGACUACUUGUCCUCUGCCACAGACAACCCCACAGCCUCGGGCCUGUUCGCGGAGCGACUGAAGGCCCUCCGUGAGAAGGACAGCUUUGGGGCCGUGCUGUUCUCCAGUCAUGUCCGGAAGGUGAACCGCUUCAACAAGAGGCGGGACCGGGCGCUUCUGCUCACUGACCAGCACGUCUACAAGCUGGACCCCGGCCGCCAGUACCGGGUGAUGCGGGCUGUGCCCCUGGAAGCGGUGACCGGGCUGAGCGUGACCAGCGGCCGGGACCAGCUGGUGGUGCUGCACGCGCGCGGCCAGGACGACCUGGUGGUGUGCCUGCACCGCUGCAGGCCGCCGCUGGACAACCGCGUGGGGGAGCUGGUGGGCGUGCUGGCCGCGCACUGCCAGGGGAAGGGAAGGGCCCUGGAGGUCCGCGUCUCCGACUGCAUCCCUCUGAGCCAGCGCGGGGCCCGUCGCCUCGUCUCGGUGGAGCCCAAGCCCGAGCAGCCAGAGCCGGACUUCCGCUGCAGCCGCGGUACCUUCACGCUCCUCUGGCCGAGCAGCUGACCUGGCCCGCCGCACCCGGGCAGCCCUCCAGGCCAGCCCCACGCCCGACACCCGUGCGCCCUGCAAUAAAGGCUUCUCUGUGUC